AUGGCAGCCACCUACGAUAGGUGGAUCCAUCAUGGGGAGCCUUUACAUGCUGAACCUGGAGCUGAACCUGGAGCUGAACCUGGACAUCAACCUGAUGCACACCAUGCUGAUGAAGGCGGCGAGCAUCUAGAAGAUGAUCAUGUUGUGCUAGAGAAUUCUUUUAAUUUGGUGGAGGAGGAUGGGGAUGAGGAUGACAGGAUCCCUGACCUGUUUAAGGAUCUCUACGUGUCUGAACCACAAGGUGAUGGACAGAAUACAAUCUAUGCCGAGCUAAUAGAGGAAGCGAAGCGGUCAGCUAGUGAUGGUGGGACAAUGUCCAGAUUUGCUUUCACCGUGAAGUUACUCCAUGUCAAGUCCUUCUACCGGAUGAGCAACGCCGCCUUGAACGGAAUACUCCAUCUCUUGGCCAUCCAAUACCCCAAAAGCUCAAUUCCCAAAAAUUACGAUGAAGCAUUGAGUAUCAUCGGCAGAUUAGGGCUUAGUUAUGAAUCAAUCCAUGUCUGCCCAAGCAACUGUGUCUUGUUUCGGAAGACGUAUGCCAAGCUUGACAAGUGCCCUAAAUGUGAUGCCUCUAGGUGGAAAGAUGGGGAUGGCAGGAAGCAGAUACCGGAGAAGGUAUUGAGGUACUUUCCAAUUAUUCCAAGGCUGCAAAGGAUGUUUAUUUCAAAGAAACAAUCUGAAGAAGUGCAAUGGCACAAGCUGAAGCGGAAACCUGUGACUAAUGAGCUUAGCCAUCGAGCGGACGGAAAGGCAUGGAAAGACUUUGACAGUCAACAUAAAGACUUUGCCGCCGAUGCGAGAAACAUAAGACUCGGCCUUGCCACAGAUGGCUUUAACCCCUUUGGCAUGAGCAGGAAGUACAACAUGUGGCCAGUAUUCAUCGUGCCGUACAACCUGCCACCAUGGGCAUGUAUGGAUCAGUCCAACUUCAUGAUGGCUUUGCUGAUCCCGGGUCCAGAUUCUCCAGGAAAGGAUUUUGAUAUCUUUAUGGAGCCCCUCGUUGAAGAUUUGUUCAAGCUAUGGAAUGGUGUGCAGACCUAUGAUGCCCUGAGUCCCGAUAAGUUCAAUCUGCGUGCUGCGGUUAUAUGGUGCAUCCAUGAUUUCCCGGUGCUGCACACUUUGUCGGGUAGGCUCACGGCUGGUUAUCAAGCAUGUGUGCGUUGUGACAAGGACCCGUGCUCCGAGAGAAUAAGAAACAAGUUAUGCUGGAUAGGGAGCCGCCGUUUUCUUCCUAUGGACCAUCGUUGGCGAAAAAGCAAAGGGUUCAAUGGCAAUACUGAACCACGUGACCCUCCGGCAGAGUUUACUAAAGAGGAGCUCAAGCAGCAACUUGACAAGGUGAAAGAUGUCAGACCGGGAAAGAAUCAAAAGAAAAGGAAGCGGGGGGAAGGUCAAUGUUGGGACCGGAGGUCUAUUCUGUGGGACCUCCCAUACUGGGCAGAUCUGAAGUUGAGGCACAAUCUGGUGUAA